UCUUUAUUUUCGUAUUGAUUCACUCGUUGGUCACAUAAUUAGUUUUGUACAGUUGGUAUAGCUGACAUUACCACAACGUGUAAACAAGAUGCUUGUUUUCCUACUUUUAAUCGUCCAAUUGGGUGUGACAACAAUAGAAUGCAAACUGGACAUCAAAGUGAUUCACAAUGAAUACGAGAAAUGCACUACAACAUCCGGUGUAGAAGGCGUCUGUGUACCUGAACAUUUUUGUGCCUCUGACCAUAAGAUAUAUCCCGGUGGAAAUGCACCUGACUCCUUUUUAAGGAAGUUGUCUGACUGUACUUCAAGUUAUCAUUGGUGCUGCGAAUACCCUAAAACUGAACCUGACACGACUACAACAGAAGAACUAGGAAGAGGAAAUGACGACACAUCAAGUGAAGAAAUCACUUCCGAUAAGCAAAAAUGCGUCACCGUGGAUGGAGAUUUCUGCCCCUGGUGUGCUAUCCUGUAUAAAAAACCUGACCCAUUUACUGAGCGCGAUGGACUAUUCUGCACAGGAGUUGUAAUUGGAGAUAACGUUGUGUUGACAUUAGGAACUUGUUCCAAGGCAGCACCAGAAGAUAUACGGGUCGCUGUACCUGAAUCCUUAAACCCUUUUAAGUCAUAUAAAGUCCAAAGUAGAUUUGUACACGAGGGAUAUAAUACUGGUACUCGCCAAAAUGAUUUUGCCUUUGUGGUUCUUGAUGAAAAUAUUGUUUGGCCAAACAAUGCUUACAAUGGUGCAUGUCUUGGACUAUCAACUCCACUCAAAGGAGACUGCUACGCGUUCGCGUAUAUAAAUAAAAAAAUUCAUUCUACUAUUCUAAGUGUUAGUGAUGGAAGUUGUUCUGGUAGCGGAACCGUUUCUGAUGCAGCCUGUGGAACACUUCAGUCAUUUGGAGAGAGCGAUUCUCAUUGUUUAGUAACCCCGGGUGCUCCAAUCAUAUGUCCAGCAGAGAAUGGGGCUUUUGUGGUGGCUGGCUUAGCUCGGCGACCCUGUCGGCAAAACACAACACUACUGGGAUCUAUUGAAAAAUCAUCCGUUUGGAUAAAAUAUACAUUGAACUCCUUAGGGAUGAAGUUGGAAAACUAUUAUGAAGAAUCACAGAGCAAUGAAGAUUAUUAUUAAUUGGUGGUGAAUAAAAUAUAGAUCUUAACACUACAUCCCUGUAAAACUCUUAUUUGCAAAAUAAAGGAUAGUGGGAUAUGA